AUGGCAAGCAUGCUAACCCAUGAAGCUCCCGAUGCAACUCAAGAAACCCAACGAAUCAUACAAAUCGACCCUGUGGAAUCUUUGGCAGAGAAUACGUCUACUGUGGUUUCGCAUCUAUACUCCCUUCAUGCCGUAUUGGGAAUCCUGGGCGACACAUCUUUCAAUCACGUCCAGCUGUUAUCCGUGACGAAGAAAGAACUUGGCCAGCAAUGGGAGGCAUGGCUGGAAUUCUUUCGAGAAUGUCUUGGCCAUCUCCGGACUUGCAGGCGCCUUUACGAGGUACUGCAGAGAGGUGAAAUAUCUCAAGUUCAAGCGAUUGCAAGCUCUACGCUUUCCACUGCCGCUUCCAUCAUGAAGCGAGCGUCUAGAUUGCAGGUGUCAUACAAGGAGACACUAAGCUUACUGCUGGCCAAAGCACAGGAGGCCUCGAACUCUCGCCAUCCCGGUCGUUCUCAAGAGCCCACCGACAGCCAAGGUCGAGUUCCAAAUAUCAUGCACGAAUUCACGUCACUCUUAGGCGCGCUGCAAUCAUCCGUCAAGUGUCUCGAGGAUAUUGCCUCAUAUUGGGCCAAACAUCACGCAACGUUGCACGCCAUUUCCGAAGCUGAAUUGGGCAUCAACACGCUGAUAACUACAGAGGAGACAACGGUCAGGAUGUGGACCAAAUACCACGACAUUGUCCGCCAGGCAGUAUCCGAUAUAACUACCAGCUGUGACGCGCUCACGGUAGACCCUCCUAUCGGAUCGAAGAAGCAUUCUCCAGUGAGGAGAAUGCUGACUGUAGCUCCCGCAUUCAAGAACGGGCUACCUCCAAAAUUGCUUAUGCUUCCCCCGCCGUCUCUUCACCCUCGCCAAGGGGAAUACCUGUUACUUUCGAAGGAACAAUUUGACGUCCCCUCAGUCUCGCGAGCUUCCACGCGAGUGGCACGCUGCCUUCAAAAGUUAUACGACGACAAGUUAGUGCCAGGCCAAUAUAUCCAGACAUUUCAAUGGGUAGUUGAAGUCGCAGAAUCCGGGGAAUUAUUCUACUCCAGCGCCGGAAAUCUUCAAGGAACCCGGAAGGAUAUGCAUGACUCAGCCGCCCGGGCCAAAGCAACUCUUGAUAAGGCUCUUGCCUUGUGGCCCGAAUCGGACGCCAGAAGAUUAGAAGCAGGCCGCGAGUGCAGGUCCAGCAAUCCAGAGGACCGGCAGACCAACUCGAACGCUGGAGACAACGACCCGCACGCGCAAGAAGCGAUAGAAUCUCUGAUCGAGAAACUGAAGGAAUUCCUCAUAUUUUGGGAGAAGAUGACUCUCGAGUUGAAUGGAAGUGACAUCCAGGAUCUCUUGGGCGACGAACAGGUCAAGCUUCCUAUAAAUGUGUGGAACCUCCAAGUAUCUCAUUACCGCAAAUGCAUCAAAGAGGUAGAUAGCUGA